AUGAAUAUGUCUGAAAGGAAGUCGUCCCUGAGGUACUCCUCGAAAAAUAGUUUUUCUUACGAGAAGGAGAUGUCCUCUACAACCCUCCAAAUAACCAAAAAUCGGGAUGAGAUAAUAAAGAACAAGGUGUACUGUCCGAUCGAGCUGAAAAAUGUGUAUAAGUUGUUAGAGGAUAGUGACAAGUUGCUGAGCAAUAAAAAUAUCAACGUAGAGUACCUUCUCGAACACAAAAGCAAAGUAAACGAAUUCUUGUCCCUCUGCGAAGGGUACAGGGUCCACGUGAGCAAUCAAAGCAAGCCGGAACUGAAAAAAACAUACAACUCGAUAGAGAAGAAUAUGCACUACCUAAAUAAACAUAUCGAAACGGCUAAGAAGGAUAACAUUAUUUUAAAAAAGAAAUUGAAAAAGUCAACAGAUCCAUUGUUCAUUUCUACACUGGAGCAAAAGUACAAACAAGUUUGUCUAGACAUUGAAAAUAGGAAGAAAGAAAUAAAAUUUUUAAAAGAUAGCAUACGAAAAAAUGAAAAACUAUUGGAUUCAAAUAAAAGGAAACCGAACAAGAUUGCCUUGGAGAAGGAGUACAGGAAUUUACUAAAUCAGCAAUCGACCCUGUGCUCUCGGUUGAUUCAGAUACAGAAUGGAAACCGUCUAUACGAGGAGAAUAUUUGCAAAAUAGAUGCCCAGCUGAAUGAAAUAAAAAAAAAAAUGAACGAACUUAACAUAGACACAAAAAAGGAAGAAGAUGUUCUAGUGGGCAUUGAAAAUGAUGCAUCCAAGGAGAACCUGGAGCGACGCAUAUUCGUCCUAAACACGAAGAGGGACGAAUUGAAGAAAGAAAAAAAUAGCUACAUCAGCAGCUUAAACAAUACGUUGGCAAAGUUAAAAAAACACAUCUCAAAUUUAGAGGAAGAAAAAAGGAACUUGCUUAAUGAAGAAAAGAAUAACCUUGAUAAGCAUAGCAUUUUGAAAAGGGCGUUAAAUAUUAAACUAUUGAAAAACAACAAAAAUGAAGGGAAAGGGAAAGCUCCUUUGGCCAGAAGGGAUAUCAUGGACAAAGGCGAACGUGGCCAUGCAGGUGCAGCUGAUGUGUACCUCCAGAACAGAGAAGAGGAAAAUACAUGGGUAAAUAACGAUCAGGUUGAAGAGAAAAAUUUUAUCGAACAGUUACUCGAAGAUCGAAAUGUCCAUGAACUUUCCGAUGAGGAGGUUGUCCUCACGACACUGAAGGAACGGACGAAGGAAGACAUGUGUGAGGAGGGCCAUGUAUCGGUGCCAACCCAAUCGAAGAGCUUCGCCCAAGGGAAAAAAAACACAGACACGCAGAAAAUAAAAAGAAAGAAAAAAAAAAUAUUCAUCCCAGAGUUUGAAAAUGACAUACUAUUGAAGCUCGAAAAGCAGGUUACCGAAAAACUGAGUCGCAGUGAGGAGGUAAAGGAAAAAGUGACGGAAGAAGUGACGGAAGAAAUGAAAGAAGAAGUAAAAGAGGAAGUGAAAGAAGAAGUGAAAGAAGAAGUAAAAGAGGAAGUGAAAGAAGAAGUGAAAGAAGAAGUAAAAGAGGAAGUGAAAGAAGAAGAAAAAGAAGUAAAAGAAAAAGUGAAUGAAGAAGUGGAUGAGAAAGUCGAUGUAGUGGCUGAGGAUGUGACAGAAGAGGUGGUUGAGGUGAAAGAGGAAGUAAAGGAGGAAGUAACAGAUGAUGUAAUGGAUGAUGUUAAGGAGGCUGUAGAAGAGGAAGUGGAGGAAGGAGAAGAUGAAAAAGUGGCUGGGGAGGUGAAUGAAGAGGUGGUUGAAGAGGUGAAUGAAGAGGUGGUUGAGGAGGUGGAUGAAGAAGUGGUUGAAGAGGUGGAUGAAGAAGUGGUUGAAGAGGUGGAUGAAGAAGUGGUUGAAGAGGUGAAUGAAGAAGUAGUUGAGGAGGUGAAUGAAGCAAAGGACGAAGCAGAAGAAAUGCAAGAAAAUGUGGAAGACACACCAGAAGAAGUGGCAGAUGAACUGGAGAAAGAUGUGCAGGAAAGCACAACUGGAGAGGUACAAAAGGAAGUUGACGAUGAGGACGCAUGUGAUAGCCUCAAUGACGAUCUGGUGGACGAAUUGAAUGAUGACCCACCCGAAAUGCACCAAACGGUCAGAGAAUCUUCCCCAAUUGAAUUCCCCUCCCCGUUGCAAAAGCAGAGCGACGGUGAAACAAGCGAGAGGAGUAUAGAAAUGCAGGAGGAUAAAGAACCGUUGGGGAGUGUCAUGUGGAAAGAAACGGAAAAAUUGGAAGGCGCUGAUAAAGAAGUGCAACGUGAGGAGCAAACAACUGAUGGAAUGGAAGAACGGGAGGAUACUCAGUCAUGUGGAGGGAAAAUAUGUGAGGAAAACAGCGAGUUGCACAAAAUGGACCAGAUAAAUAGUGCUGAGGAAGGGAGAGAUGUGAAGGAAGAGAAAGACUCACGAAACGGAGCAUUCAUAGAUUCCAACAAAGUGGAUAUGAAUGACCAGGACGGGGGCGAUGAACCCAUCGAUGAGGUCGACUCCCCCGCAGAGUAUUAA